CAAACCAUGGAAACCACCACCACCAACACCAACAAUGCAGCAACAACGACGACAACAACGACAACAACCAAGCGGUUCGUCGCAUACAUUCUCUUCGCAUCCUCCGUCGCCGUCGCUGCGGCCGCCUUCUUCUUCUUCUCCUCCUCCGGCAAUGCAAAUCAAUCCCACCACCGCCGCCGCCGUAUCUUCUUCUCCGCCACCUCCUCUCCUCGCCGUGUUUGGCCGGGGUUGGAGGCGAAUUGGCAGAGCGCGGUGGCGACGGUGGUGGGGUUCCUGGGGUCGGCGUUCGGCACCGUCGGCGGCGUCGGCGGCGGCGGCGUCUUCGUCCCCCUCCUCAACCUCGUCGUCGGAUUCGACACCAAAUCCGCCGCCGCACUCUCCAAAUGUAUGAUUAUGGGCGCUUCGACGUCGUCGGUGUGGUACAAUCUGCAGGUGUCUCACCCAACAAAGGAGGUGCCCAUCAUAGACUACAAUCUGGCACUGCUGUUUCAGCCCAUGCUCAUGCUGGGCAUCACCAUUGGUGUUGAGCUCAGUGUUGUUUUCCCUUUCUGGUUGAUCACUGUCCUCAUCAUUAUCCUCUUCUUAGGUACUUCGUCUCGGUCCUUCUUCAGGGGAAUCCAGAUGUGGAAGCAAGAAACCAUACUCAAGAUGGAGACAGAAAAGCGAGAAGCGCAAACAAAUUCCCGCAAUAAUGAUGUUAUUAUUGAUUCAGAAUAUGAGCCUCUUCUUCCUCAGACAGAGGAGAAAUCCAAACUUGAAGCACUUUUGUUCAACAUAAGGUGGAAGGGAAUCCUUAUCCUUAUGCUGGUUUGGUCUUCCUUUCUUGUACUCCAAAUCCUAAAGAAUGGGUCAGAAACAUGUAGCAUCUUCUACUGGGCAAUAAAUAUCUUGCAGAUUCCGAUCGCGGCGAGUGUGUUCGCGUGGGAAGCGGUGAAGCUGUGGCGGGAGAGCCGGGCACGACGCACGUGCGGAAACAUGGAGCGUGUUUGCGAGGCUUCCAUCGACUGGACUGCGCCGCAGCUGCUCUUCUGCGCCCUCUGCGGCCUCCUAGGUGGCACCGUUGGCGGCCUCCUCGGCUCCGGCGGCGGCUUCAUUCUCGGCCCUCUCCUCCUCGAGAUCGGCGUGAUCCCUCAGGUUGCAAGUGCCACAGCAACAUUUGUGAUGAUGUUCUCCUCAUCCCUCUCAGUGGUGGAGUUCUACUUCCUCAAGAGAUUCCCCAUCCCUUAUGCUUUAUAUCUCAUCUCAGUCUCGGUUAUGGCCGGCUUCUGGGGCCAGUACUUCGUCAGGAAGCUAGUGAAGUUCCUCAAGCGGGCAUCGAUCAUCGUAUUCAUUCUCUCCUCCGUCAUCUUCGCGAGUGCACUAACAAUGGGUGUCGUGGGAACCGCGAAGACGAUAUCGAUGAUCGAACAUCGCGAAUACAUGGGGUUUCUGAACUUCUGCGAGAACUAAACAGAGGUGGAAUCAACGAUUUCGUAUUUUACGGUUUCUUGCGUAGGGUUAGCGCCUCGCUAACCCGCGAAAUAUUUACUCAUUAUUGUAGCAAUAAUGUGUUCAACAUUCAUGAACUUUUAUAUCAGGGAUUAUUUCUUUUUGUUUGGCUCAGGAGUAGUGAGCAUUUGGGAUUAAGCCUAUCUAAGAAACUUUUUAUGAUUUUUAAA